CAUGUACCCACCCAUCUCGUGCAACUGUAUCAAAGUGCGCCUUGUCUCCUCCGACCGUUUUGGAACGCAGCAAUACUAUUGGUCUAGAGCCGCGUCCAUCUAAAGAUUAUCCGUUUCGCGGUAGGUUGGUACGGACGCCAAGCUUGAGAGAAAGAUCUUCAUUUAAAACGCCCAGAAGAAGAAUCCGCAACUACCGUGCCUCGUUUUUCUACUUUCCUCCCCUUUUCCUACCAGUGUGACGUUGUCAUGAGGAAUGCACAGGUUUACCUGGGAACUUUGACAGCCAAGAAGUGAAUAUUCUUUCAGCACUUCCCUCCGGUUCAAGCCCAGUUUUUCGAGUGCUAGUUUUAAUGGGGAUGCCGUUAGGAUCCUAUGCUAAAAGACGCCAGAUUGAAGUCUAUCUGAAUGCAUGUUGCCAGCGAGAUUAUUGGGUAUGUAGUGUAAUGUAGUCAAAUACCUACAUAGCAUUGGCCACUGUGUUCUUCUACACGUAUAUAAUUGGUUGCACAUCAGUCAACGAUUUCUUCCUCUACCGACCUCGGGUGCUGCGGACUGGAAAGAAACAUGGGACUGCCCGCUCUGGAGUUUAGUGACUGCUAUCUGGACAGUCCCCAUUUCCGAGACAGAUUGAAGUCUCACGAGCUGGAAUUGGACAAGACCAAUAAGUUCAUCAAAGAGCUGAUCAAAGAUGGGAAGGCGCUCAUCCAGGCGUUGAAAAAUCUCUCCACCGCUAAGAGGAAGUUUGCGGAGUCUCUCAACGAGUUCAAGUUCCAGUGCAUAGGAGACGCUGAGACGGAUGACGAGAUAUGUAUCGCCAAGUCUCUACAGGAGUUUGCUGGAGUUCUGCAGAACUUGGAGGAUGAGAGAACUCGAAUGAUUGAGAAUGCCAGUGAUGUUCUGAUCAUGCCACUAGAGCGCUUCAGGAAGGAGCAGAUCAGUGCUGCCAAGGAAGCCAAGAAGAAAUACGACAAAGAGACGGAAAAGUACUGUGCUGUGCUGGAAAAGCACCUCAGCCUGUCCGCAAAGAAGAAAGAAGCUCAUCUUCAUGAGGCAGACACUCAGGUGGACCAGGUGAGGCAGCAUUUCUACGAGGUGUCUCUGGAGUACGUGUUCAAGGUGCAGGAGGUCCAGGAAAGGAAGAUGUUUGACUUUGUGGAGCCGCUUCUGGCCUUCCUUCAAGGCCUGUUUACAUACUAUCACCAUGGAUAUGAGCUGGCCAAGGACUUCAACCACUUCAAGACAGACCUCACCAUCAGCAUUCAGAAUACCCGGAACCGUUUUGAGAGCACGCGGUCUGAGGUGGAGUGUCUGAUGAGGAAGAUGAAGGAGAACCCCCAUGAGCACAAGAGCGUCAGCCAUGACACGAUGGAGGGCUAUCUGUUUGUACAGGAGAAACGCCCUUUCGUGUCUACCUGGGUGAAAUACUACUGUACCUACCAUCGAGACCCCAAGAGAGUGACCAUGGUCCUGUUUGACCAGAAGUCUGGAGGCAAAGUGGGGGAGGAGGAGAGCUUCACCCUGAAGUCCUGCACAAGGAGAAAGACCGACUCCAUAGAGAAGAGGUUCUGUUUUGAUGUGGAGGCCAUUGACAGGCCGGGUGUGAUCACCAUGCAGGCUCUGUCGGAGGAAGAUCGCAGGCUGUGGAUGGAGGCCAUGGACGGAAGAGAACCGGUCUAUAACUUAAACAGGGAGAGCCAGAGUGAAGGCACGGCCCAGCUAGAUGUGGUUGGCUUCAACGUUGUGAAGAAGUUCAUAUAUGCUGUGGAGACCCGAGGCAUUGAUGAGCAGGGUCUGUACCGGAUUGUCGGGGUCAGCUCCAGAGUGCAGAAACUACUGGGUCUUGCCAUGGAUCCCAAAACCUGUGCUGACGUGGAGCUGGACAGUUCAGAAUGGGAAGUCAAGACCAUCACCAGUGCAAUCAAGUGCUACCUCAGGAUGCUGCCUGCCCCUCUCAUGACUUAUCAGUACCAGAGGAGCUUCAUCAAGGCAGCCAAACUGGAUAAUCAGGAGGCAAGGAUCACAGAAAUCCACAGCAUCGUCCACCGUCUUCCAGAGAAGAACCGACAGAUGCUGGACCUGCUUACAAAACACUUGGCUAAUGUGGCCAGUCACCACCAGCAGAAUCUGAUGACCGUGGCCAACCUGGGCGUGGUGUUCGGACCCACCCUGCUGAGGCCCCAGGAGGAGACUGUGGCUGCCAUCAUGGACAUCAAGUUCCAGAACAUUGUGGUGGAGAUCCUCAUCGAGAACCAUGACAGGAUAUUCAAGGACAUGCCAGUUCUGGGAGGCGGCUCGGCCAACCUGCAGCUCAACCUGCAGCCGCGGAGGAGGAGCAUGGAGAACAAGGCCCCGUCCUGCAGCGAGAGACCCCUCACCCUCUUCCACACACCCACACACUCCCAGAAAGCGGAGAAGAGGAACAGCUUGGUGACCAACUCGACUCCGGAGGCCCAGCAAGCGCAGGCCAAGGCUCCCCACAGCCUCCCCCCAGCACCGCCCUCCACCACCUCCUCCUCCUCGGCCGCAACGGUGAACCAUAACAGCUGGACUCCACGUGGCAGCCUGACCAGCAGUGAGGGAGACCAGGAGAGUGAACCGGCGGCCAGGCACAACUCACAGAGCCGCCCAAACUCAUUGCUGAACCCAAAGAACCGGACCAGUAUCCCAAUAAGCCCAGUCUCACCCAGUCCCACUUCACCGCGUUCCCCAUCCUGGCCGAUGUUCUCCGCAUCCUCCAGCCCUCAGCCGGCCUCCUCCACCUCCAGCGAUUCCUCCCCCAUCAGCAUUCCAGGCAAGAAGGCUAGAGCUCUCUACGCCUGCAAGGCCGAACAUAACUCUGAGCUGUCGUUCAUUGCAGGGACUGUUUUUGAAAAUGUACAUCCCUCGAGGGAGCCCGGCUGGCUUGAAGGCACGCUGGAUGGCAGGACGGGCCUGAUACCGGAGAACUACGUGGAGUUUCUGUAGCCCUGGACCAGGACUGGUCUGAAUUGGACGAACCAUGCAGUGGAGCUGACUGGAAGACUGAAGCAUGGAGGGGCCACUUCCUGGUGUGGAUGGUCAGCAUGUGUCGUUGGGCGUCAUGUUGCGACGCUCUCAUUGCCCUAUUCAGACAGUCCUUUCAUUGAAAUGCACUGCCACUCAUUUUAGCAUCUAUUAUCAAUUGAAGGUUUAGAAGGUAUUUUUGUUUUGGGCCCAAAGAUGGUGGGGAUUUUGAAGUGCCCAUGGUUUGGACUGCAGAUCUACUCAUCUUCCAGUGUACUGUCCGGUAGACAUACGGAGCGGAUUGUUAGAAUUUUUAGCAGGAAAUGAUAUGGUAUUUUUCAUUAAAUACUACUUUACAUGAGCACUUGUUGCCUUGCCAUGGCAGCCCGGUAUUCCCCUGAUACUCCCCUAGACAAGACCGAACAUGACAGCUGUAUACCAACAGCUACAGCACAGUGGGAGCAUCCUCAGUCUUCACCCGUUAGUCAUAUUUUAAAAGCAAUUUUUAGCUCAAAUCUACUAGAGAAAGUUGUCUCGAUAAAACUGGAAAAAACGUUUUACCUUUAACUGUUUUCAUUUAGGCCAAUAACUGAUCCCCCCUCCCCCCUCCUUAAUAGGUGAACCAUUUAAAAGGGUGAGAGUGUAAAAAAAACAUUUUAAUGUGAAACUAGACUACUUUGUUCAUAUGUAAACCUCUUAUUUAUAAUAAUUUUCAAAGAUGAUAUCCUGAACUGGAUUCUUUUGGGGUGUAUUCACAUUGUAAAUACAUGACAUUUGAUGAGGUAUAAUUUUUUAAGUAUCAAAUUUUAUAUUUUGUAUUGUAGCGUACUAACUUAAUUUGUUUUAGCAACUCAGUUGCUAAAGGUUUUGUGUCCUUUAUUCUCCUUUGGCAGCCUUAACAGUCUCUGAUCAAAUGAAUCGUGAACAAGGUUGUAAAAAAUUAUGCAUUAAAACUCAACAUUGAACAGGCAAA